AUGGCAAGCUCCUCUGCACAUGAGAAGCAACGUGAGCCAAAGACCAAAUAUGUUUGUGGUCUCAAGAAUGUCCAAGCCGGGACAAGGCUCAAUGUCUACAACGGAAAAACCUGUGGCUGGGCUGAUGGGGGAGAAGUCCGCGAUCAAAUUUGGUUUUUGCAGCCCGCCGGAGAUAAUGAAAAUGGCCCGUUUAUGAUUACAAGCAACCUGACCUAUAAGCACGUCGUCGCCAAGGGGCCCUAUGGUGUGGUUGAGCUCAGCGACGGCUCUCCAAAUGACUCUGAGGCGCAGUGGAAUUUGGUGCCAGUCGGAUCAAACUUCUCGUUAGUCGACCCUCGGAUUAGUUUGUGGUGUAGUGCUGACAAGCAAUGUUGUAGCUUCACGAGUGUGCGUUUCAGCAACUGCGUGCUCGAUCUUGCGGCUGGGCUGACUCACAACGGGGUCGACAUCUAUUGUUGGCCGUCGCAUGGUGGUCAAAAUCAGCAAUGGACGAUGAUCAAGUAUUGA